CACAGAACUCAUGCGCCGGGUCCGCAGGUUCCAGAUUGCCCAGUACAAAUGCCUCGUGAUCAAGUACGCCAAGGACACUCGUUACUGCGCCAAUGGGGUCUCCACGCAUGACAGGAAUACCAUGGAGGCUCUUUCAGCCUGUUAUCUCAGAGACGUGCAGCAGGAGGCGCUUGGUUCAGCUGUGAUUGGUAUUGAUGAAGGCCAGUUUUUCCCAGACAUUGUGGAGUUCUGCGAGGCAAUGGCCAAUGCAGGGAAGACUGUAAUCGUUGCUGCCCUCGAUGGGACCUUCCAGAGGAAGGCAUUUGGGAGCAUCCUGAACCUGGUCCCCUUGGCAGAGAGUGUAGUGAAGCUGAAUGCUGUAUGCAUGGAGUGUUACCGGGAGGCUUCAUACACAAAGAGGCUGGGCUCUGAGAGGGAGGUUGAAGUCAUUGGAGGGUCAGACAAGUAUCACUCUGUCUGCCGUGUCUGCUACUUCAGGAAGCGACCUCAGCAGGCUGGGCCAGAAAACAAAGAGAACCUGCCUGUGGGGGCCAAACAGGUGGAUAUUCUAGCCUCCCGAAAGGUCCUGGCUUCGCGACAGAUGCCGUGGAGCACAGCAAACUGAGCAGGGGAGGCAAGAGAUUACAACUUUGGGGCUUCUUUAAAGCUGACUUUCCCCUCUGUUCAGCCUGGAGCUGUCUCAUGGCCUCCCAAAGCUACCUGCCAAACCUAACUGCUGCUUGUGUGUGCUGAGCUACAAAGAACCAGGCAAGCCUCCACCUAGAAGGGACAAAAGGGGAGAACAAUGACAAACAGGAGUCAGGCAAGCAACCAAGGGGAAAGUCCUCCGCCAUGGGAUGUGGGCAAGAAAUUGGAGGCACUUACUGAGGCAGCCACACUGCAACAGACCCUUGUCCCUGGGUAUGGGACUUCCCAAUACACCCAUCUGUCCAGGCUUCUGAGUAGUGAUUUUUUCCAACUCAUGGUAAUCCCUCUCUAGUGCUUUUGACCUCCCUCCCUGACACUGUUGCUGGCUUCUGCUUGUGUUCUUACGGACCUUGCCUGUUCCUAACCAGCUCAUGGGUCUGACUUGCUGCCUGGGAUGGCCUGUCCCUAGGUGGCACUGAGACAGGAGAACCUCAUUGCUUUAGCCCCUUCAUUAUAUUGCCUCUUACUCUAUUCUAAGGUGAAGGGCCUCAGUCCUCCCAUCCCUAUUAGUGUCGUGUCUUCUGCUAUCACUGUACCACAGCCAUUAUCUUCCCUCCCGAAUAUCCGUUUCUCCUCUAACAAUGCUUAUGUGCAGCUGCCUCCACCCCCCUCUCUGGCAGGCAGCUGUAAUUAGUUCUCCCCUCCCCCAUUGCACUUCAGUGGCUGUCCAAUUUAAGAUGGUUUCUCCAAUUAUACGCGCUAAGUGACUGAGUUGCUCUAAAUCAGGGCUGUUCCAUUCCAAGGGUUUUUACUGUUACCAGCAGUGGAGGUAGCCUUGAUGGGUUGAUUUGGAGGGUUAGGUGGGGGUUCUGUUUUUAGUUUCAGCUGUCCUAACUCAGAGUGAGGCUCUGCUCCUCCCUGCAUCUACCCUAAUGAGGGUGGAGAAUGGACCCCCUGGCUGGAGGGUGACUAAGCUCUGAACACAGACAAGCUGACGACAAUGCUCUCCUGAGGUGAGGUGGAGCUGGGGCUGAUGUUAAAGGGCAGCAUCUGCUUCAGUGGAGUCUAGUUCUGCUAAUACCACUGUGCACAGCUGCUUACUUGCCUAAGAGGAGUUUGCAGACAGUGGGUCUAAAAGCCCUGUGUCCCGAUCGAAAGGAUGUGCUGUGUGUCUAGUAGAUUAGUGCAGGCAGGGGUUUUGAGUAGCAUUGCUGGUGAGUGCCCCACCCCUUAUUGUGUAGUAAAUCUGAAAACUACCUCUACUGAGCACUAUUUUAAUCUCCCAGACAGAUGUCCCUGUGCUGUCCUAAGAACCAGAUGUUUCAGUGAGGGUCUCUAGAAGGUAACAGGCAGAUGAUCUCCACUUUGACUUAAAUUUCUUCCUGUGUCCUUGGCAAAUCUUCUCGUCACCUUUCUCUAUAAGGCCUGGGAUCAUUCCUGGCUGCUUCCUAACUGCCGUAACAGCUUGUUGGCCAGAGCCCUUUCCCUAAGGUGGAUGUAGCAUUUUGAUGGGUGUGCUGGGAGGGCCUAGCACCUCUUCCCUUCCUUGGAGAAUGAGCCAGCUGCUCUAACCUCCUUUCCUGCAGCCCAGGCUGUCUGUUUUGUGACAGAAGGCCCUCUGUUAACCACUGGCCUGCACCAGGAAGUUCUCCUCAGUCCCAUUUCCCCCACCCCUUAGAGCAGCUGCAUUGAUCCUAACCCCAAUAGGGCCUGGAAGCAGCAAGCUUGACCACCUGUAUUAAGUUCACCUGCCAGGUGUAGGAGGGCUGCUGCUAAUUUUAAAUGCUUCUAUUGCUGCUUGGGGGGG